AUGCAUCACACCAAUCUGUUCAUUUCCGUCGCACUUUUGACUACCCUCGUGCACCUGUCUAGAGUAUUGUUAUUGUUAUUUUGCAUGUGCUUUUUAUUUUUCAUGGUGACAGUCGAUGCUGGACAGUUAUUGUCCACUGAACAUCGCACUCAUGCUGCCACUGAACGUGCCAAUGAUUUGAACUGUUAUGAAUGUGACACUAUCAAGGAUGGAGAGCAUUGCGUAAAAAGAUACUCGUUUACAUUGAGCACGGAGAACUCGACAUCGGAGCCGAUGAUGUGGGCGUUGGAGCGGAAUUGCACGAAUAAAUGUGAGCCAGGAUGCAUUGUGAUCGGGGAGCGGACAAAGCUGUUUGCAUGCACCGACUGCUGCGAAAAGUCGUACUGCAACACGGGAAAAGGCACAGCCGCGGAUCUCACCACCAGGGAAAUCGGUUUUGUAUUGACUCUAGUGCUGCAAGCCGUACUUACUGUUACUCUCUAUCCUGCGUGA